AUGUACUGGCCAACUUCGCAAAACGAAAAAUGGUUCUGCGGAACACUGUUCGUGCAAGGACUGCUUGUUCUCGUGUUGAACAUAUAUAACCUCAUUCAGUGGCAAUCAUGGACGAAUCCCAAUGCCACUCAGGUCGCCAUAUCAUACCAGGUCCCCAUCAACAUUGCACUCAUCAUGUUUGCUGUCGUUUAUGAGAUAUUUCUUGGCCUUGACAUGGUACAUCAUAAGAAUAUUAUAUUGCUUCUAGCCCUUUGCAUUAGCAAUGGCUGUGUCCUCGCCUAUUCUGUGAUGCAGUACAUGUCUAUUCAUCAUACCACCUUGACUAUUGGAGAGAACCGCGACUAUCUCGGCCGACCAUUGGUGGACUUAUCAAGAGACCUGUGGAAAGAAAUCCAGCCUGCUGAGCUUCUGGUUCCCAUCACCGUCAGUAUUGCGACGCUCUUUAUGUGGCCGAUCGCGUAUUGGGUCCAUAGAGAAUUUUCCUGGGCUAUAUACCAGUAUGUUCAGGGGAGCCCUAAGAGUCGUAAACAAUAUCGAGGAUAUGAGGCAUAUCUUGUUCUAAUCAAGUUCGACUUCUUCUUCCUGGUGGGCUUUAUCAUUCAGUAUGACCUCGUUGACGUCCACUUUGAGGAGCCCGAGUACUCCUUGACAUUAGCACUCAUUCCAGCCGCAUUGCUGGUGAUGACUGUGGGCACAUAUUUUGUCCGACGUGAACACAGAAUUUCUACCAUCAUUAUUGCAGUCUGCCGUCUAGGCAUUGCGGCCUAUUUACUGAGUCGGAUCAUCGUUCUAUGUGGAAAUACUUUGCGUGGCAACACACCAGGGAAGGACAUGAUGCUGCUCUUUGCCAGUGUAGCAUUUGUCCUUUCCUGCCUUAUCAUUGUAUGCACGGUAUAUUGCAUACUGAACUUUGAACAUGGUCUCAAGUCGGUGUUUGCCCGGAAGAAUCAAGUCGCUCAGCGGUCUUUCGUGUUCCAGGAGCUUCCAAGCCACCCGAACAGUACUCGACACUCUAGACUCUCCCUUGAUUAA